AUGGAUAAUGACAGGAGUAUUUCAAUGAGUUAUAUGGGUUUGGGUACAGACUCCCCAGCAUCAAAAGAGUCUAGUUCCUCAAAGCUGGAGUACAUGAUAGAAUUAGUUAUAUAUUCCCAACUUGUAAUUUCACUCUUUCUCUGUAUUGGAAGAACCGACUAUAACUUUACCCUUUAUUUAUUAGGGUAUGGAGUAUUUUGUGUGGAAAUACCUCCUCUGGAUGUGAACGGAUUAAUUAGGAAAAUCACAGGUAUAAGAAGAUUUCUAAUGCUAAUAAUACUUGCAACCGUUAUUGAGGCUAUUUGGCUUUCCUUUGCAAUUUCUGCGUGGUUAUGUCCAAACAAUCAAAGUCCUGACGUCUGUUUUGUUGAAGACUUUCAGAUGAAUUGGGAAUCUAAGCUACACCAGUACAUUAUUUGGGGAUCCAGUAUUAACUUCAUCCUCAAGUUUGUUUUAGGAACUCUUUGUUGGAUGUGGAUUGACAAAGAGAGAACAAAACUUGAGGCCAUUUCACUGAAACCUUUAAUUUUCUUUUGGUAA